UUCUGAAACCACAGAACGUGACUGUUUCAGGUGGAAAGAGGAAGAAGCAGCUCUGGGACACCAUGUGACUUUUUGUUCUUAAGCAGGAACCUAGAAGUUCCGAGCUCACACACCGACCUGCUACCAUGACUCUCAAUCACCAUCCAGGUCUGAUGUUGGGUAGCGUGCUGCUUGUCUCACUGUGCAUCGGGGCAGCAGCCGCGUUUGAUGCCAGUCUGGACUUUCACUGGAACUUGUGGAAGAAAACAUACGGGAAGACGUACCACGAUGAGGCGGAGGAGGCGCGCCGCAGGGAAUUGUGGAACAGCAACCUAAUGCUCAUUACCAAACACAACCUAGAGGCAUCAUUGGGUCUUCACACCUAUGACCUCCAGAUGAACCACAUGGGAGACUUGACAAAAGAUGAAAUCCAGAACUUUUAUGCCACACUUCAUCCACCAUCUAACCUCCAGAGGGCAGUAUUCCCUCCACUUGUAUGGGACUCCGAUGCUGAACUGCCAGACAGCAUCGACUGGAGAGACAAGGGCUGUGUCACCUCUGUGAAGAUGCAGGGUUCUUGUGGCUCCUGUUGGGCAUUCAGUGCUGUGGGGGCCCUGGAGGGCCAGUUAGCCAAACUCACAGGACAGCUGGUGGACCUUAGCCCCCAAAACCUGGUGGACUGUUCCACCAAAUAUGGAAACCAUGGUUGCAAGGGUGGCUUCAUGACCAAUGCCUUCCAGUACAUCAUAGACAACCAAGGCAUUGACUCUGACGCUUCGUACCCCUACAUAGGAGUGCAACAGCAGUGCCAUUACAACCCUGCCUACCGUGCUGCCAAUUGCUCCGCGUACAGAUUCCUGACUGAGGGCGAUGAGAGUAUGCUGAAACAGGCGGUCGCCACUAUCGGCCCCAUUUCAGUGGCGAUUGAUGCGACAAGGGAAACGUUUCACCUGUACCACAGUGGAGUAUACAAUGAUCCAGGCUGCUCUCAGAAUGUCAACCAUGGGGUUCUGGCCGUUGGCUAUGGUACACUAAAUGGUCAGGACUACUGGCUGAUAAAGAACAGUUGGGACACAAGUUUUGGAGAUCAGGGUUACAUCAGGAUGUCACGCAACAAAAACAACCAGUGUGGUAUCGCUUCCUGCGGCUGCUACCCCAUCAUAUAGAUGGACACCAAGGACGGGAUUGGAACUGAAUCCAUGACCAAAAAAUAUAUAUAUUUUUUGAUACUUUUUAUGUUCAAUUAAAGCACUAGAGAUCUUUUUAGUUUAUUUGUAGCUAAACAUUCAUUUCCAUAUGGCAUUUAAUUGCUGGUUUAGUGCCUUACAACACCAUGUAGAAGUUUGCAAACGUGCUGUAAUCUGUGACAGAGGUCCACGUUUUUAAUUAGUCACAUGAUACCACGAUUACCUCAGUAUACCUGUUUACAGAUCAGACAGAUGUCGGUCUGGCAGUAAAUACAGUAUAGAGUGAUGUGAUGAACAGGUGUCAGGUGUGUUUUUUUUUUUUUUUCAUCCUUUGUCUCACCAGGAAAUCACCUUGUUGGUCAAUUUGAUUUUAACAUUUUAUGACAACAGAAAGCUCAAACACAAAUUCUGUGUCUUUUUGCAUGUUUUGCUCAUUUUGAAAGUUGGUGUUGAGCUUUUCAAAAGCUGCUAAUGUUAGAAUGUCACAAAUAUGUCAUAGUCAUACUCUGCCAUACUCUUUAAUACUGUAAAGAACUUCUUCAACUCUACUUCAGCUACAUGUUGGUCCAGUGUUAACUGAGGUCAAAAUGUUUUAUGGACUGAUUUGAUCAUCAUUCUGCACAAACCAGAUCUGUCAGUUAAGAAAAAAUCAACAAUUUGCUUCUUAAAUGAGUGCAUCAGAUGCUUUUUCUUUUUUCUUUCUCUCUUGGUUUUAUGUCAUAGUUGGGGGUUUUAGACACUUGGUCACACAAAACAAGUAUUUUAAGAUGAUUGUAAUGAGCAUUAUUGCACUGUUCUUUCAUGUUUUUCAUACUAACCAAUUAAUUAAUUAAUUAAGAUUAAUUGAUCAUGAAGAUGCUCCUUAGUUGCUGCUGAAAGCAUUCCAAGCUCAUGUUACUGGAACUUGAAAUUCAUGUUGAUUUACAAAAGUUUGCUGAAAAAUACCAAAUAUGAAAGCAUGAUUUUGGGCUAAAAUACAAAAGAAAUUCUGAACAAUAUAUGUGAAAUAUUAUUUGACAUACUGGUGCAAACAGCAAAAACAGGGCCUUGUUUAACAUUUUCUCUGUAAUGUUACAAAAAUGAUUUUGUUGAAGUGUUGGAACAAGCAGAAAAAGAAUAGGCUACUUAUGUGUUCUAAAAAAAUGAAAUUUUAAAAUUAAAUAAAUGUUUAGCAAGUCGAUUGCUUUGAUUUUGAUGUAACAGAUUGUAUGCAAUUUAAAUAUGGAUUAUAAUUGUGGGGAAAUUUGAAAUUCAUCAUCUUAGAAAAAUGAAAAUCAACAGUUUCUUCCCGUAAACAUAAAAAUAAAAUCACCAUACAGU